CUCAAGAACACGCAGCAGUAGCGAUCGCCAGCCAUCGGCGUCCGUCAUUAAGGCUAAACAAAGUUCAAAUACCCGUGUCUCAAAAGGCUAAGAGAGUCGGCCCGAUCCGGAGAGAGAGUGUCUGACAUUUUCGUUGUUACCUUUUUGGCCACUGAAGUGAUUGCCACAGAGGCGACUCGGCUCGAAGUAGUUGGCCCGAAUGCUAAGAGAGUUGGGCUCAGACGUUUCUUACCUGCCCGAGCGAACGGAUCGCGGUCGCUUGGUCGGUCAAUCAGUCAGUUAGUCAGUCAGUCGUCCAUCCAUCGAUUCUACCUAUGGGACUACCUUAUUCCCACUACCAACUACCACCAGCCACUGCGGAUCGAUCGGUUUUUGUGUUUGUUUAUUGUGCCUGAUUGCUGAAACCAAAUCAAAACAAAUUAUCGCGCUCCCCCGCCAACCAGUUUGGAUUUUAUUAACAAGAGAAGUUGCAAAAGAGCCACCAUGAGGCGUAGGAAGCUACUCAUUUUCUGGGCUGCUCUGCAGGCGGGCAGCUCCAUCCUCACCUGCCUGCUCCUGCUACUGACCACCACCCAAAACUCCCACCAAGUGGCGGCUGGCAUUGUGCCACCGCCCUGGAGCGAUCCCGCCAAGAACCCCUGUGCCAGCAUGGCCGGAGGCUGGCAGUUCCUCUACUGGGCUCCUCUAAAGAAGUGCUUCAAGAUCUUCACACUGGGCUAUCCGUGUCCGGACACCAUGGAGCUGAGUCCCACGGCGGUGAGUGCCAAGAGGAAGGAUCUGCCGGCGGCAGAGUGUCGGUGUCCACCAGGCACGGCCCUCAGUCCCCUCACCCAGAACGUCUGCUAUCCGCUGUAUGAGAAGGGACCCUGCCAGAAGGACGAGUACUUCCAGCCCAUGCCGGAUCAGGGCAAGAGAUCCAGCAACCGAUGGGGCACCUGUAAGCGACCCUUAAACUGCCCCGAGGGCAUGAUCUUCUGGCCCAGGGACAACAAGUGCUAUGCCCGGCACACCAAGGGUCCUUGCAGUCGCGGGAAGCUCUUGGUUCUGAACGAGGACGGACUGGCGGAGUGCCACUGUGAGGAUCAGGGGGAGCUAUCCUUGUACUACUAUCCAGCGGAAGAGUCCUGCUACGAGCACUUCACCAAAGGACCCUGCUCGACACCGGGUCACAUCUUCCUGCCGGGCGGACGAUGCGAUUGCCAGAGGCACCUGCCCCACUACCAUGCUCCACAGCAAAUGUGCUACGAGCUGGACACCCCUGGGCCCUGUCCACCUGGUCACAUCUUCCGCAUACCCGACGACGCCCAUGAGGCGUCUGAGAGCACCCUACAGCUCCUUCCCCGGGCCCAGUGCCUUUGCAAAGAGGGCUAUGUGCCCUGGAGCGACGGCAUCUGCUACCGACUGUACACAAGAGGUCCUUGCGACGUCAACGAGUUCCUGGUGAACGGAACCAGUUGUGUGCGGAAUUUCUGCGGCAAGAACCGCUUGUACUUCCCGGCAGAGGACUCCUGCUACCGGAUCGGAUCUCAGGGACCCUGCUCCCUGCACCAGGUGGUGAUCUUCGACUUCACCGCCCGGCCGUCCGUCGACGGCAUCUCGUACAAUGGCAUGUGCGGGUGCUCGGGAGUACUGACCAAUCUGGACCAGCAGUGCUCGGGAGACGGAAGCGAAAAGGAGCAGAACAUCUGCGAGUCCACCCCUGGGAUGGUGGAAAUCAACGGGCAGUGUCAUAAGCUUUACAGCCGUGGUCCGUGCGGAGCUGGCCAGUGGCUGGAGCCGCUCAAGUCCCAGACAUCGAACGGAACGGGCAUCCUGCCGCACGCCAGUCGGGCCAAGUGCGUCUGCCGGCCGGGAUACACGCCCGCGGAGGCGGACCAGCGCGGCAUGAGCAACUGCAGCGCGCCCAGCGUGAGCCUGGCGAGGUAUUUAACCAACGAGCGUCUCAACUCAAAGUUCCUCAAUGACCUGCACCUUGGUGGGGCCACCUGAAGCCCUCGAUCUUCAAGCUAUUCUCUAUCUGGUUGUGAUUGCUCCUCCAAAUCCACCUUUCUCCUUCGCAUGCCACCCUUCCUCCACCUUCUUUCCGUAUCCUGUGUUGUUGCAUGCCCCGUGCUGUUCGAUCGCCCCGAUCUCUUGUUAUUCCAUUAACCACUUUUUUCUCUUUUAGGUGGUUUUUAGAAAUAUUCGGUUAACGUGUUCGCUAGGAGGAGAUUGUGCCAUGAAUGUAUUACAUCGACUUGUCGACGAGUUGAAUUUAAGGGAUCUUCCCAUAAGGCAGACAAAAUAAUGUGAAAAGCUAAACUAAGCCACUAAUGUUUGUUGAGUAAACCGUGAUUACUAAGUAAAUAAUAUAACAAUUAACAAAACCAUUUAAUUUCAAUUAAUUUUAAGGG